UACAAGCGUCUUAUGCGUAUAUGCUGCAAGUUCGCUCGGGGUUUACACUGCCUGUAGUAUUGUGGCUGUCCACCUUGAACCACUUUUUCUCUCGUGGCUCUCAGGCAUACCUGCGAUGAACGUCCGCGCCCCUGUUUAAAGUACCCCGCAUUUAAAUACACCGAUUCUUAUUAUUGAUACGGCCUUGUUAUUGUUGACGUUAUAGACAUUUUUCUUUUCUCCGUCGUCGUCUGUGGCUGUGGCUCGUGAGUAUAUGGCGCUUAGAUGAAGUACCGAGAGGAUUAAGAUAUCACGUUGAGCUAUACUCCGCUAUAUCGUAUUAGACAAGGUUCCGUUCCAGCUCGCUCGAGCAGCGGACGACGAAGACGCGCUCGUGAGUGGGCAGUGUACACUGUGCAGUACAGCGCCGUGGAUGGGGAUUUUACCGGCGCACAUCAUAAUCGCUGUCUGUCCAUGGCUCGGCACUUCCGGCAAUACGAGAAUGUGUGAUAUUUUCAGGAUUAUGCAAUCGGAAAUGUAUAUCCGAUAAUCGAUCGCUCCGGAAAUUUUUACGUUUUUGGAAUUCUGCGGAUUAAAUUAUCAGCCGGCGCCGGCUGUAAGAGGUGGACUUAUUGUAUUAUGUGAGAAUUAUUUCACAAUGAAAUUCGUGAAGGGAGAGCUGGUGUGGUUUGACGUCGGCGGCGGUCAAGAGCCGGGCGUCAUCGUGGACGUGUCCACUACGAAGAAACACGUUACCGUACAGCAGACAAAUGCCGUAACACCCGGUGGAAUGCGGAAAACCUUCCAGAUAGAAGACAUGUCCAGAAUUAGACACCGUGCGGUGCAUUCGGGACGGUCGAACAGCAACAACGAUGCCGCAUCCAGCGGGCGCAUUGCUCCCGGACACCGGACGUGGUUCGACGAGGAAGCCGGAAUUAACGACAUGAUCCAACUUAGUGAGCUGAGUGAGGAAAGCAUUUUGCAAAAUUUGCGGAUUCGUUUCACAAGAAACAUUAUUUACACAUCAAUCGGGAGCAUCCUUGUAGCUGUCAAUCCAUACAAAAUGUUCCCCGAUUUGUACAGUCUGGAUACAGUUAAAGCCUAUGAAAAUGUGCCAAAUUUGAUUGAUCUUCCGCCCCACUUGUUUGCCAUUGGAAGCGCGGCGUUUCACCAGAUCGUCAGAGAACAAGAAGACCAAGUGAUCAUAAUCAGUGGUGAAAGUGGCGCCGGAAAAACCGAAAGUACGAAGUUGAUCAUGCGCUACCUGGCCGCGGUUAACAAAUCGGCGAGCAAUUUGGUUACGGAACAGAUAUUAGAAGCCAACCCGCUGCUCGAAUCAUUCGGGAAUGCGAAAACCAUUCGCAACGAUAAUUCCAGUCGUUUCGGCAAAUAUCUGUCCAUUUUCUUUAGCAAAGAAGGAACAAUAACCGGCGCCAAAAUUACCGAAUAUUUGUUGGAGAAAAGUCGAAUCUGCACGCACGGAGAAGACGAAAGGAACUAUCAUGUUUUUUAUGAGCUAUUGGCUGGCCUGAACAAAGAAGAAAAGUCUGCUUACGGACUUCAAGAAGAAAAAAAUUAUUACUACCUGAACCAGGGCGGCGACCACAAAAUGACAACAAAAAACGAUGCCCACGACUUCCAGGCGCUCAAAUCGGCCAUGCAAGUGCUGAAUUUCAGUCAAACCGAAUGUGAUACCAUGUGGAAGUUAUUAGCUGCGGUACUGCAUUUUGGCAAUAUUCGCUUCAAAGCCAAGCAGGUGGAAUAUCAAGCGGAAGGGGUAGUUGUGGAGCGCGACUCGGAAAUUCGGUGGAUUGCGCAUUUGCUGCAGAUUCCGGACACCGGCAUCACUUCCGCUCUAACCAGCCGCACAACGGAAGCACGGAACGAGAGACUGUUAACGCCACUCAACCGUGACCAGGCCUUCGACGCGAGAGAUGCCAUCGCCAAAGCAUUGUAUUCACGAUUAUUUACGUGGCUGGUGGAUCGAAUUAAUUAUAUUGUUGCUCAAAACCAAAACCGUACUACAUCUAUUGCACUUCUUGAUAUUUUUGGCUUCGAAGAUUUUAAAGAAAACAGUUUCGAGCAGCUCUGCAUUAAUUAUGCAAAUGAAACCCUACAAUUUUACUUUAAUCAACACAUUUUCAAACUGGAACAACAAGAAUAUGCUAAGGAGAAAAUUAUAUGGCAGCAAAUCGAAUUCGCGGACAAUCAACCGGUUUUGGAUCUUAUUGCUAAAAAGCCGGUGGGAAUUUUGCAUUUGCUCGAUGAUGAGAGCAGCUUUCCAAAGGCGACUGAUCAAUCAUUUCUGGAGAAAUGUCACUACAACCAUGGAACAAAUGCACUGUACCAACGACCUAGAACUCUCCAUCCAUCAUUCGCUAUUAAGCAUUACGCCGGUCAAGUGUCUUACAAUGUUAACGGAUUUCUCGACAAAAAUCGAGACACACUUCGUGCGGAUGUUAUUGAGCUGUUUAUCGGUAGCGGUCUGCAGCUUGUGUCAAAGAUGUUCCAGGAAUGGAAAGACAGUUCCGAUUUUGUCAAGACUGUCAAACGAGGCGCCGGUCGGUUCGUAACAAUGAAACCGCGAACACCAACCGUUUCCGCCCGAUUCCAGGAAUCGCUGCUUUUGCUUGUUGAAAACAUGUCGAAAUGCCGACCACAUUUUAUCCGCUGCAUAAAACCUAAUAACAAUAAGGCGCCGAUGGUUUUUGAGAGUCCUAUUGUGCUCGAUCAGCUGAAAUAUACCGGGAUGUUGGAAACAAUUCGGAUUCGUAUGCUGGGAUAUCCCGUGCGGAUUAAAUAUACGCAUUUCGUCAAACAAUACCGAUGUCUUUUACGCGGCAAGCGGAUUCCUACGGCAUUAGCGGCAAAAGAUGCGUGCCAGAUGAUUUUUGGCUUUUUUGAGCGGCAUGGUGAAUCGCAACCAAAGGGCAUUAAGAGCCGCUCUUUGCCUGGAUACCAGUUAGGAGAAUCAAAAGUGUUUAUUCGGGAAUCCCUGCACAGUAAACUCGAAGCGCAACGCGGUCUGGUGACGGAGGAAGCGGCAGUUAUCAUUCAAAAGCAUGUUCGAGGAUAUAUGCAGCGCAAGAAAUACCGAGAGACAAAGCGCGCAGCCGCAAAAAUUAAAGCUGUUUUACGAGGGAAUUACCAAAGGAAAAAGUAUGAAAAAAUUCGAAAGGGCAUCGUGCGAGCACAGGCAAAUAUUCGGAUGCGAAAACAACGGAAAUCGUAUCUGGAGACCACUAACCGCACAAAAGAGUUAGGUGCGAUGAACGAUGUGCAUCGCAGGACGGCGUGGAAAAAAGUUGAAGAUCAACAGAGAGCCCACGUGGCUACGGACGGCAUUAAGAAUCCUGAACUGCCGGCGGAACUAUCUUUCGUCUUUAACAAACUAAACGAAUGGCAUACACCGCAUACCGAACGCAACGUUGUCAAAGUGGUUGGGCACGUGCAGUCGGAAAACGAAGCUUAUCCGUGGCCGAGAGAUGUUGAUAUGCACCCUUUUUCCAAAUUCUCCGGAAUAUACUGCAAAGAUCGAGUCUGGGGUGUUCGCCGAGAGCCAGUCCAUGAGUCCUUUCUUACCAGUCUUAAUCCUGGAGAAAGAAAAGAGGCAGUAGAAAUAUUCAGAUUGAUAUUGAAAUUCAUGUUCGAUGCAAAUCUUAAUGAGAAACAAGAAAAGGCUCUGGCUGAUUAUAUUGUCCUUAAGGGCAUACGAAAUGAACGCCUGCGGGAUGAAAUAUACUGCCAGUUAUGUAAUCAAACUUGGCCAACGGAGCUGAUUGUGCGGCAUUCUAACGGCAAGACCUCGCCUUCACCCGCGCCCGUCUCCAACGACAGUGUAGAACGAGCGUGGUUUUUGAUGGCGCAUUGUUUGGGAGCGUUUCAGCCUUCGCGUUUCAUGUACAAGUACCUGUUGAAGUACGUGUCGGACAACGCAACGAAUAACUACAAAUACGCUUGUCAGUCACGGUUGCUGGAGUCGCAUGAAAUCACCCCGAACCUCUGCCGAGUUUAUCCACCCUCCAUCUUGGAAAUGAAAAGUGCUAGAAAACACGGCAGGAUGGCAGUAAAGACAGAAUUCGUCGACGGCGAGUGUCGAAUGGGUGCACUCACUUCUUGGACGACAGCGUCCGAAUUCGCCAGUUUCUUAUUGAAUCAAAGAGAUAUCGUAGCUGAUUCGCAAGGAUGGACUUUGAUGCUGGUCAACGAAGACGAUGACGAGUUGGUUGAGUUGAAUGGCAGUGAUUACGUUCUGGAUCUGAUAUCGGAAAUGGAACUGGCUCCGUCUUUCCCGGCUAUCAAACCCUCCUUCCUGCGAUCCCGGCGGAAGACCGCCAAACGCCGACCGGAAUCGGAAUUGGUGGCCAGAAUGGAUUUCGGUCCGGAAGACGAUGCCCAGUCCGAAGCCGGUAAACCUGCCAAAUCCCACUCGAUGGCACACGACAAUUCCCCAUCCCGACCGGGACACUCUGAUCAAAAAUUGACCCGUCUUGGUUUGGCCAAAUCGAGUAAACUUAACCAGCGCUACGAAAUGGACAAACAAGAUCUUGCCAAGACCAGCGCACUCAACCGGCGGUACAUCUUGACGGAAGCCGAUGUUGUUGUGGGUGGCAGCAAUGCACCUUCGCACAAUCAACAACCUGCUAAAGAACAUCCAGGAUUAUCCAAUUCGGAGCUGAACAAGCGAUACCGCUCGAAUCCCUCCGUGGGCAAUUUUGCAAUCACCGGCAACAUGCCAGGGCAGUCGCCGCCGGCAACGGACUACCGGGAGCGGAUGACAUCCGUCAGUUCAGACACGCCCUCGUUAACAUCACAUCUACAACGGGUGCGAGUGCCAUCGACGAACAACACGCAUGACAUUGACAACUACCUGGAUCAAAUCUUCGAUCCCGUUCUGCGCACCGCCAUUGAAGACGACGAUGUUCCUCGUCUGGAUGCCAAGAAACUGGCCGCUUCUAUCAAGGGCGGUGGUUCCAAACCUGCCAAAAAUGCCGCUGAUAUGAAAAUGCGUCAGCCGACCAGUGCCAAUCCCUCUGCUCACCCUGAUUACGCGUAUCCUAACGGCGGUCCGCCGCUGAUACCUGCUCAAAUUCCGCCAUACAGUAUUCCCGUCAACGCCCUUGGACCGGCCGUUGCACCGCCUGUCGGAUACUUUCCGCCCAUAGUAGAAAAUGACGUGAUGUAUCCCUUUGUUCCUGCUUAUCCUUCUGUUGUGAACCAUCGUAUUGCACGCUCGGUGGACGGUAGUGCGCAUAAUCGCCUGUCGGUUCAUAUGGCUGCAUCCAACGAAAGGCAAGCUUCCAGCAGACCGGGAAGUCCUGUGCCGGCUUCUUAUUCGUAUCACGGGUACAGUCCAUUUCUCAUUCCAGCUGCCGGUCCGCCCGCGGCCGUAGACCCAGUUCUUCAGCACUACUUGCAGCAGCAAAGUUACGUGACGCAAGUCCAACUACAACAUCAGCUUAAUCAUGCGCUCCAGCAGAAUAUUGAACUGCAACAAAAACUACUGCAGACGCAACAGGAGAUGAUGUCCAUUCAUCAGCAGUCGCAUGAGCAUUCCGACGGUAUUAGCAGUCCCGGUGGAUCCCCCGAUUCUUUGCCGCCGACGCCGGUCGGAAGUAACGGAGAAUCGUAUAUGGCGUACGCUAAAACCAGUCAUCCCGUUCAGCCCAGUGCGGCACAUUUACGAGUGCCAGUGAGAACGACGACACCCCUACCGACGACAUCUAUGGUCCGGGGACAUCCGGAACCUCCUUUACCACCCCGGCAGUACGAGCCGCCCCCUAAAAAACCUAUGCAUGCAAAGUCUCCAUCAGGUGUUUCCGUUGCUCCACCACCACCACCCCCUCCUCCGCCACCGCCUCCCAUUCCUCCCAAACCGGCCAUGUCACCGGGACCGAACCGCAACCGUGGCGUGCAGAACUUUGCCGAACAAAUCGCCGGCCGCGCCAGAACAGUGCGCAUCGCCAAUGUCCGCUGGCCGCCUCCUGUUCCAUCGCCGCCGCAUGAUCCGGAAGCACGCACCCCACCACCUCCGCCCCCGUCGCAACGCUUUGCGGUCACGGGUGAUCACAGUGUAAGCGAGCCCGUGCGGCCACCGGAAGCGCACACUCCAAACAAGCUGCUCAACCGCCUCGAUAUGGCUACAAUUAACCGGCUGGAAAGUGUUAUCAGCGGUCAGACGGUCAAGCAGAAGAACAGCAGUGCGGCAACCAACAAAACAUCACCACAUACUGCAGCGGAACAAGCACGAGCUAAGUCGCCUGCGAAACUGAUUGUCGACGCCAAGGGCGUGCCCUUUCCUCCACCCCCACCACCGGGAGCGGGAAUGUCUAGUCCGCCCCAGCUGCCGCUUCGCAAUGGGGGCGGGAAAGUGACCGGAAGUGCUCAACAGCCGGGAAAAUUUCCCAUCGCAUCAGAUGGACACCCGGUUAUGGCUCAACCUCCUUCCACGUAUUAUGCGUACAAUCGCACGCACUGGAACAUGACACUACGCAAAGAGUACUUUACCCCAAUGGAGAAGAUUGACAAUCCGUUGUCCGUCAGCCUGGUCUUUGGCCAGAUCCUCCAUGACACAUUCCAAGAUACCUGCGUUCGCAUGAGUCGUGAAGAACAACAAAGAAUGCGCUCUCUUUUUGAAUCACAUGGCAUCACCGGUACUGAAUCUGGAACAUCAGCAUCCCAGGUCAAGUUCACGGUUAAGAAGAAUAUUAUCGACGCUGCUAAGGAGCUACCGCUUUAUUUUUGCCGUCUAUACCCUGUCGCGCAGAGCGAUAAUAUAAGCAGCGCUUCCUUCCGUCGUCAAUAUUUGGGCAUCUCACACAGUGGAUUACGUUUGGUCAGUCUGACAAAAGAUCACCAUGAUCAGGAGAUGUUAACAGUGCGCGAGCAUCACCGAUAUGAAGACGUACUGGAUACCAACAUUCCAAAAAAUUCAUCUGUAUACAUUUCCUUUCUGAAAACUAAAGCACAGCCUGAUAAUGCUAGCUCAUCGACAUUUUACACGCACAAGGCGAACCAGAUAAAAGACUUAAUUGAUCAGAUGUGCAGUGAAGCAGAUCAGAUUUCCGACAAUGCUAUGUCCGGCGAGUUCGUGCGAGCAGUCGCGGACUAUCGCACAAAAGACCCCACCCUGCUAAGCUUCCGUCGAGGAGAUAUCAUUCGACUUGGAAACCGCAACCAGUCUUAUCUCGAUAAAGGGUGGUUGCAUGGUACAAUUGACAAUCAGUGGGGCAUAUUUCCUCAGGAAUACGUUGAGCCAAUCGGCCGACAAGAAGCCCUAAACCUGAAAUCUGGGACAACUUUGGUCAGCGCUUCGGGGCUGCUGCAAAAGGACGGCCACCGAAAGGUGAUAAACAACGACGUCAAAAUGAAGAUUGGUAUUCAGAGUUCAAAUGGUCAUGAUUCGCCUCGCGAAACCUCCUCGUCGGCAUCGUCGCAACGCUCGGACACUUCACCAACUUCUGCCAAAAUCCGAGCCCACGAUGGGAAGCUCUCCAUGUUGGAGUUUGCAUUACUUAAUUUCCGGCAGUGUGUUGACAAGUACGGAGUUGUUAAUCGCGAUCGGCGAGAAUCCACUAGCUCGUCCAUACAAGGAUCAAUCAAGCAGAUAGAAAAACUUAAAGACGCUACUGGUAAAGACUGGACUUGGAAAGAGCAAGCAGAAUUGGUUAAAUUUUCGAAAUCACCAAUUCAUCAUUCCCUUCUGAAAUUUGACGAUGCAGAAAUGGACAAACACGCAGUGGAAGCAUUUAUAGCUGUAAUGAAGUUCAUGGGAGAUUAUCCAAUGUCAAAAAACAGCAACGAAUUUGAAUGCGUAUACAUGAUACUCAUGGUGUGCCACAGAUAUCCAAUUCUGCGUGACGAAAUCUACUGCCAAAUCAUAAAGCAAACAACUAACAACAAAAGCGCAAAGCCUGACAGCUGUCAGCGCGGAUGGCGUCUUCUGUCAAUUAUCGCAGCCUAUUUCGACUGUAGCGAAAAUCUGCGACCGUAUAUUUUCAAAUAUCUGGAAACCGCAGCAUACGAUAAACGUCGCCCUAAUCAUGGGACGGCACUGAUCUGUUUGCAAAAUCUUCGGAAAACGUUUAAGUUUGGAGGUCGCAAAAAUGUUCCAUCUCCAGAAGAAAUUGUUGCCAUUUCGGCUGGUCGCAGCUCCAAGCGGCAAAUCUAUUUGCUGCCAGGUGGAACCGAGAAGGUGGUCAAUACGAAAUCGACAACCGUUGUCGAGGACGUGAUAAUGGAGCUAUGUCAUCAAUUAAAAAUCGAUUCGGCAUCGGAAAUGGAUGAGUAUUCGGUUUAUGCGCUCCGUGACAAAGAUGAUCUAUACGGUUAUCCGCUACAAUACGAAGACUACAUACUGGAUGUGACAACGGAACUAUCCAAAACCGGUCAAAACUUUAUACUGCUCUUCCGGCGGUCGGUGUGGUACUUUCCCUUGAGAACAUCCGAACCAGCCAGCAAUUCCGUCUACAUCGAUAUGAUGUUUCAUCAGAUUGUGCCUGAUUACCUCGAUGGUUUACUUUUGGUAUCGCCACCCGGAGGUUUGAACGGACAGGAAAUAACUGAAAUCGGGAAAAUUGCUGCUAUUCUGCAUCGUUCAACAAACAAACUACAACCCCCGGAAACAAAAGAAAUAAAAUACCUCUUGCCGAAACCCGCCCUGGUCUUGAAAGAUCCGCGUCCCACGCAGUGGUUACAGAUUGUUAGUGACAGCUUCCAGUCGGCACUCAAGUAUACGCCCACGGAAGCCAAAGCCGAAUUCCUUAAUAUGCUACAACGCUGGAUCCUGUUCGGCUCCAGCUUCUUCUUUGUCAACCGCAUUGUAUCGCCGAUAUCGGACACCGUCAAUCCGAGCAGCUCGGAUCGCAUGUCGGAAGUGUCACGGCGCACCGACCGGCAAAUGGUGGAGAAUAUUCUGGCGAUUAACAAAAACGGUGUCUACUUCCUGGAUGUGCUGUCCCGCGAGACCAUUAUGCACCAUCCCUUCUCGGAAAUCAUAUCGACACGACGGAUUAAGAGCAACGACAGCGGAGCACUGUAUUUGGAUAUGAAGUGCGGCACAUUGGUGUCCCAGCGGAUUACUCGGAUGCAAACGGAUCAGGCGCAUGAAAUCGCUCGAUUGAUUGGCCACUACAUCCACAUCGAAAAUUCCCUUUUAGCCUCGAAAGUUGCUAAAACACCGAUGCUGGCCGAACUGCAGGCUGUGGACAGCAGCAGGCUUGCUGAAAGUGAUUAAUACGCACUAAAAGGAAGGAUUAUCUGUGCUGCUUAUGGUGAAUUUCCGAAUUUCAAGGGCGACAAACCCGCCAUCCAAGAGACCAGGAAUUUUCACGACUUCAGUAAAUGACCGGUGUCCGGUACAGUUUUGUUUGUUGUACCGGAGAGUUUUAAAAUGAUGUUUUUUUGUUUCGAUUUCAUGCCACAGUGGGAUGGUUCUGCAGCGCUGAAGUGAUUGCGAUUUGUUGUGAUUCAAGUAAUGCUGGCAUGAAAAUCAUGUUUUCGAUUUUUAUAACUUUUACAAAUUCAAGAAAUAAAAAGGCUGUACAAUUC